AAGAGUCGCGAGCUGAAGCCGUUACGCUCGAGACGGGCGAACAGGCGGGAAAGGGAGGCGCUCGCGCUCUGAACUCGCGCAGUUUUCGCUGUUUUAGUUUCUGGCUGUCCGCUGGACCCUGAGGGAUGAGAGACGGGGAGUUUCUGUGGUCGGUAGUUUGUAGAGUCGCUGAAAUACCGCCGAGUCCGGACAGAUAAUUACCAACAAUUACCAACAACUCAGAGAGAGACAGGAGAGAGCUGAGAGAGCCGAGGGGCAGAGAGCGGCUCUCCCUCUACCCGCUUUACUCCACUCUUUAGGCGGCGACCACCCUCACAGAGACCCGCUCCCGGAGCCCCGGAGUUUCCACACACUGACAGCGCGGUGUGCGCGGCUCUGAGGGACACACACAGCUGCCGAGACCCGGAGAGACAGCGCACUCUCUUCAACAUGAGCGACAAACACAAAGUGGACGAUGAGGCAGUCGUGGACAGAGGGGCCUCAUACAAGCACCUGUGUGACGAAGAAGAGGUUGAGGGUCAUCACACAGUAUACAUUGGUGUUCAUGUGCCUAAGAGUUACCGGCGUCGUCGGAGACACAGGAGACCGAGGAGAGAGAGGAGAGAACGAGUGACAGAAGGAAUUAACGACAAAUCAGACGCUGAGAAUGCUGAUGACUCCGCCCCUAGUAUCCUCAAGCCACUCAUCUCUCCAGCAGCAGAGCGGAUUCGCUUCAUUCUUGGGGAAGAGGAUAGUGGGCCGCCUCCUCCACAGCUCUUCACUGAGUUGGAUGAGCUGCUGUCUGUUGAUGGUCAGGAAAUGGAAUGGAAGGAAACGGCCAGGUGGAUAAAGUUCGAGGAGAAGGUGGAGAAGGGUGGAGAAAGGUGGAGUAAGCCUCAUGUGGCCACGCUGUCUCUGCACUCACUGUUUGAGCUAAAGACCUGCAUAGAGAAGGGCACUAUCAGGCUCGACAUGGAGGCAAACUCACUGCAGCAGAUUGUUGAGAUGAUCACAGAUAGUCAGAUCGAGAGCGGGCUGCUAAAGCCUGAUCUGAAGGAGAAGGUCAUGUUCACGCUGCUCAGGAAACACCGUCACCAGACCAAGAAGUCCAACCUGCGCUCGUUGGCAGACAUUGGCAAAACUGUUUCCAGUGCAAGUAGGCUGUUUUCCAACCAAGAGAAUGUACGUAGUCCUCUUGACCACCCUGUGCCUUGCUUUAACACCUUUGAAACGGAAGACCAAUUACAGAUGCAAAGAAGCAACAGCAUGGGCCUGCUCUGUAGUCCAACCACAGCCCACCGUAACCUGACCUCCAGCAGCCUCAAUGACCUCUCCGACAAGCCUGAGAAAGAUCAGUUAAAUAACAAGUUUAUGAAGAAAAUCCCGCGGGACGCAGAGGCGUCUAACGUUUUGGUGGGGGAGGUUGAUUUCCUGGACUCUCCCUUUGUGGCGUUUGUGCGGCUGCAGCAGGCUGUCAUGCUGGGAGGACUCACCGAAGUCCCUGUGCCCACACGGUUUCUGUUUGUUCUCCUGGGGCCCAAAGGAAAAUCCAGAUCCUACCAUGAGAUCGGCAGAGCAAUUGCUACUCUUAUGUCAGAUGAGGUGUUCCAUGACAUUGCGUACAAGGCCAAGGAUCGGGGAGACCUACUGGCUGGCAUCGACGAGUUCCUAGACGAGGUUGUGGUUCUACCUCCAGGAGAGUGGGACCCAGACAUUCGGAUUGAACCCCCCAAAUCGAUACCAUCUGCUGACAAACGUAAGAACAACCUAGCCAGUGGAGGUGCAGAUGGCUCCCAGAUGAAUGGAGAUACUCCUCAUGAGGGGGGUGGAGGAGGAGGUGGUGGGGGCCAUGCAGUGGGUGACGAGCUCAAGUUCACUGGCAAGUUUUGCGGUGGUCUUGUUUUGGACAUUAAGCGAAAGCUGCCGUUUUUUGCCAGUGACUUCUAUGACGCUCUCAACAUCCAGUCCUUGUCAGCCAUUUUGUUUAUUUACCUUGGUACCGUCACCAAUGCCAUCACCUUUGGCGGGUUGCUAGGCGACGCUACAGACAACAUGCAGGGCGUGUUGGAAAGUUUCGUUGGAACGGCGUUGGCGGGUGCAGUGUUCUGUCUGUUGGCUGGUCAGCCUCUCACCAUCCUCAGCAGCACCGGACCAGUGCUUGUGUUUGAGCGUCUGCUCUUUAACUUCAGCAAGGAUAACGAUCUUGACUAUCUGGAGUUCCGGUUAUGGAUCGGCCUGUGGUCGGGCUUCCUGUGUCUGGUCUUGGUUGCCACAGACGCGAGUUUCCUGGUGCAGUAUUUCACUCGCUUCACAGAGGAAGGCUUUUCAGCCCUCAUUAGCUUCAUCUUCAUCUAUGACUCCUUUAAGAAGAUGCUGAAACUUGCACAUCACCACCCCAUCAACAGCCACUAUGACCUGGACCUCGUCACACAUUACAACUGCCACUGCACUCCUCCAGAAGGUAACAGUUCUGUCCUGGAUGAAAAAAUAGAAGCACUAAUCAACUCUACUGGACAGCACUGGAAUGCUACCUGGGCAUCACUGUCACGGUCGGAGUGUUUGGAGUGGGGAGGAGUUCUGAAAGGCGGAGCUUGUGACUUUGUUCCAGACAUCACAUUGAUGUCAUUCAUCCUGUUCCUGGGCACCUACACCUGCUCCAUGGGCUUAAAGAAGUUCAAAACUAGCAGAUUCUUCCCUACCAUGGUACGUAAGCUGAUCAGUGACUUUGCCAUCAUUCUGGCCAUCCUGAUAUUCUGUGGGAUUGACGCGCUUGUCGGAGUGGACACUCCAAAACUGCUUGUGCCAAGUGAAUUUAAGCCAACCAGUCCAAACCGUGGCUGGUUUGUGCCCCCUUUCGGCGGAAAUCCCUGGUGGGUCUACCUGGCCUCCUCUAUACCUGCUCUCCUCGUCACCAUCCUCAUCUUCAUGGAUCAGCAAAUCACUGCUGUUAUUGUCAACAGGAAGGAACAUAAACUGAAGAAAGGAGCAGGUUAUCACCUGGACCUGUUCUGGGUGGCUGUCCUGUUAAUUUUGUGUUCGUUUAUGGGCUUGCCCUGGUACGUUGCUGCCACUGUUAUCUCCAUUGCACACAUCGACUCACUCAAAAUGGAGACGGAGACAUCAGCACCCGGGGAGCAGCCCAAAUUCCUGGGAGUCAGGGAGCAGAGAGUGACUGGAGUAACUGUCUUCCUCCUGACUGGUCUUUCUGUCUUUAUGGCUCCCAUUUUGAAGUUCAUUCCUAUGCCUGUGCUGUAUGGCGUCUUCCUAUAUAUGGGUGUGGCCUCUUUGAAUGGAGUGCAGUUCAUGGAUCGUUUGAAGCUCUUGCUGAUGCCAGCAAAACACCAGCCAGAUCUCAUCUAUCUGAGACACGUCCCUCUCCGCCGGGUUCACCUCUUUACCUUCGUACAGGUCCUCUGUCUUGCCCUUCUUUGGAUACUAAAGUCCACAGUAGCAGCCAUCGUCUUUCCAGUCAUGAUCUUGGCUCUGGUAGCAGUGAGGAAAGCUAUGGAUUACGUUUUCUCUCAACACGACCUGAGUUACCUGGAUGAUGUCAUGCCAGAAAAGGACAAGAAGAAGAAGGAGGAUGAGAAGAAGAAGAAAAAGAAGAAAGGGAGCAUUGACAGCGACAUUAAUUACUCAGACUGUCCAGGCAAUGAGAAUAUUCCCAGUAUAAAGAUCUCCAUGGAGAUGAUGGAGGAGGAGCCAAUGCUGGGGGACAAACCCUCAGAGAGAAAUAAACCCACGCCUUUCCUCUCUCCAUACUGACGGACUACGCCUAUUUCCUAAGUCUGCAUCAAGUCAGGACCUAAACCCCUUUAAGAAGACCGUGGCACAGAUCCGGAUCGACGUGGACAACAAGGACACCAAAGAGAAUAGAUUCUUCUGGAAAGCUCCAACCGAUGAAACAUCCCUAUGAAAAUCACCAUUCCUUUAGACACCUGGAACAUUUCUUAAAGCAACUAAACCAGCUCCCCCUGUGGCUGUGUCCAGAUCACACCACCUCAGAAAGACAUUCAUUUUCGGUUAAAUAAAAAAUCCUUUAGAGACCACUCAGUACAAAUAACUGGUUCAGUAGAACACUCAGACUCUGAUACUCUGAGCAAUACCUGCACAAACACUCCGACUUUGCUUGGAUGGUAAAUACUUGAUCAGAUACCUUCCAGGCAAUUUAUUUAAAGCACUUCUCAAUAUGUUCUCCAGACUUCUCCACAUAUGGUAGUUGCUAUAUUUAAUAAUAUAAAGGAAUAAACGAUUUAAAUGAGAUCAGAUCUAGGAGGUGUGUUUUGAAACACCACUUUAUAAUAUAAUCACUGUUAAACAUUUCAAAUCUCCUAACUUCACCUAAUACCUUAGUUUCUUUUGAUCAGUCUUAUAUACAGAAUCAGGGUUUAUGAGUCUGUGUUUGGCCAAAUUGAUGAGCGAGCAUAUCGGAUCAAAUAUUUAGAAAAAAAUAAGAAUUGCAAAGUAAUUGUACCUUUUUUUAAUCUUUAGUCGUAAAUCCUUUGUACAGAAACUUUACUUAAAAAUCUUUCCUGCACUUAACAGCUGCCAGCUGAGUUCCAAUCAGUUGUUUUAUUUUUUGUUUGUUUUAUUUUCCUUUUUUUCUGUAAUUAUUAACCAUGAUUCGUAGCUCUACCUCUUAGUACACUCUAGGUGCCAGGCACUUUUGUGUUUGAAGCAAAAAAUGAGGAAAUGCGGUCACAGAAAUUGUUAACAGUGAAGUAUCAAUGUUGUUGUGAGAGCGGGCACAAAACUUAGGAUGUCUCUAUGAAACAUUCUCUCUCUUCUUCUUAAUUAAUACCAGUAAUAAUAAAUAACCUUCCCACUGCUCUUCCGUAACACUAUGCAGAACCCGACCUGUGUCUUUAAAUGACAAUCAAUCAGUGGGGAGGCUUUCUUGAAGAGAUUAAUAUGUGAUAUUAUGACGUGUUUGUACUUUUAAGCAGUUAUGGGUACUAAUUUUAUUAUUGUCUGUGCAAAUAUUUUUACUGUACUUCGUUGUUUUUUUAAACAAAGAGAUGAUUUAGGUAGCAUUUAGUCUUUUAUACUGAUGGAAAUCAAUGACUUUGUGAUGAGGCAAUGUUGUCACUCUUCUUUUAAUGAAUGUAGAAUCUAAGCAAAGAACAAUUAUGGAUCUUUUUAAUGAUUUUAAGAAGCACUAAUGCUGCAUUCCAUAUAAACUCCCAUGUCGGAAUUUUAGUCAAAGUUUUAGAGCCUCAAACCAAUAUGGCGGUAUCAGACAUCAACAGCAGUGAACGCAGUAGUAUUAUACCAUUUAUUUUUACACGUUAUGUCAUUAAAACGUUGUUCUCCUAGAACUGGGUUUGCAAAAAUACUGUAUAAUGUGUGCUCAGCUGGCACUGCUAAAAAUGCUUGGGACACUGCUAACAUUGAUAAUAAUUGGGAUAUAAAAAAAAAUUGUAAAGUAUUUUGAUUGGAUUCACUAUACACUUUUAAAUCAGUUGCAGUUCACUCCUUUUCUACACAUUAAAAUCUAAACAUCAAAUCAUCGUUCCCAGCUCCAUCAUCCGAACUCUGGUCUAAAUGGAAUGCAGCAUAAGUGCAGAUUAACCGAUUUAACUGUGAUUCAGAUUUCAGAGUAUCUUGAUGUCAUUUCAGAUCUUUUUAAACAGUAUCAGUCUUCCUGUAAUGAGAAAUAAGCAUCUCAAGUUGUCUUCCAACUCAAAUCACCCCUUUUUCUCUUCAUCUCUUCAUCUACCUGACUGUAUUUCUUGUGUCUGGACAAGCUGUGCACCUCCUGGAAGUGGAAAGUUUUUGGAGACCCAUCCAAACAGCAGGAGUGGAGUUUAUACUGAUGGACAUUCUGCUGUUUGCGCUCUGCUGUCAUGGCUUUGCGCUGAGAGCUAACCAGGCUUGGCUGUGGCUCAGUUUGAGUUCUUGGACUAUACAGCAGUGGUCUGAAGGGCCAGACGGAAGGAGUUGAGUGCAUCAAACCAAAGAGCGCAGCAGAAACCCUUUGAGAAACCCUCACAUUUCAGUGGCUGCUUGACACUUACGGACUUGAAGAAGCAGACAAACAGACUGCAUCCAAGCUCUGAAGGCUCUGAAUGCAGACUUUGGGACGGACAGAUGCUCGUCGUUCUCCUGCAUUCCUGGGACUCCUGGGUUCGUCUGUAUAUUUCGGAAGAUGUAAAUUUGUGCAGCGCACGUCUUGGGUUUCGCUUUCACUCACUUUUUUCAGAAGUACUUUUGUUUUUGAACAAGCUAAAGAAUGUUCUCUUUUUAAAAACUAUUUAUUACUCUUGAUUAUGAAGGAAAUGCUUGAAAUCGGAAUCAGCUGCCUAGAAGAGCCGGCUUCUGGCUAUUACACUAUAUAAUAAUAAUAAUGCAUUCAGACCAUAAACCAUAUCAUUGAUUUGGAGUCAGAGUGUCACGUUAUGACGUUUGUGAUCUGUAAAAGACGUAUUUUGCAAUUAGUUCUUGUAUGAUUUGUCAAUGUUGGGUUUUUGUUUUUCCUCCAAUCAGUUGUUAAUGGCUUUGUGAGAAAGCCUAUCACUACAGAUAUAUUAUACAGUAUAUAUUUUUUUCAAUUUCAAAUGGAAAGUGGAAAAUAAAGAAAUUUUGAACACUG